AUGGGACGCGACAUUUGCGAACCCGAUCGAGUGGGCGAGGAGAUACGGCAGACCUCAGAGCAUUCGCACUUCCGCAAGGCAAACGGCCGAGUGGAAUCGCGCUUGGAACGAAGCAGCGAGGAAGAAAGAAAUGCGGGGGACGCAGAAACGCCGCGCGCGCGCGACAUCAGAGCAGAAGGGCGCAUGCAACUGAGCACUGGAGAGGCCGAGGGGGGAAGACAGGCACGGACCUCCGCAGGAAGAACCUGCGAUCUCGACAGUCACGGCUCAGUGGAGGAGGCUAAGCACUUCGCUGGCAGAGGAAAGAAGGGUGGGCAAGAGCUCUUGAUUCGGUCUGAUGAACCUUCUUCCGACGUGGACCCAGCUGAUGGCGCCAGCGACUUGGCAGAGUCCUGCGAGAAAACCGCGUCCUGGAACAUGGGAGGUAUCCGUUCGCUGGACUGCAGUGGCGCUACACUUCAGUUCGAUGGGAACGACGAGGAGGGCGACGCAGUAAAUCCGCCUGAGUCGCUCAGCGAGGGAGGGAGAGAAGGGAAGGCCGCGGCCGCGCAUCCACAUCGCUGUGAAUGGCCAUUUGCCCCACCGAGUCUCUCCGCGAGAGAUUACGACGGGAUGAGCACCUGCCACACACACACGAGAGGCCGCGGGCGCCCUCUUCAGCAAGAGUCCGCGUCCGAAGCGAAGCUCCAGACGCUCGUUUCGCGAGUCGGUGCACUGCAAGACGCCCUCGAGAGCUCGCGAAAAACGAUUGCUGCACAAAAAGCUACGAUCGACAUGCAGCAGCAAGAAAUCGAGCAACUGGGAAGCGCAGUCGCCACACUCAACUCGCAGGCAAGCUUGCGUUCAAGAAUUGGAGGAAGCUCUGACUCUGCGGUGGCACAGGUUCUCAACUCUCAGUUCAUUCGCAUCCACAGAUGCCGGAGGUGGAAGCUGAGUCUGGCGGCCGCCACAGCGCAGGCUCUAACUAUCUCGCCCCGCACGCUUCUGAACUCCCUGAAAGAGGAAGAAAAAGCGCGUCUUCACACGCCACGAGACGGCUGGGAGCCUCAGAAGCACCUCUCUCCCGGCUUCAAGUUGCCAGCGGAAGAACGCGACGCAGGCGAGCGGAAAGCGAAAAAACCCGGAAAUCCUACGAAAACACAAGGCAGUGCGAGUAUUGCCCCCGAAGAAACUGUGACAAUAUGGGAUGGCGUGCCGCCAGAUGAAGAGGCUGAUGACGCUCAAGGCCUUGCAGAAACCUUCGCCGUAGAAGGUGUACACAUUUUAGAGACGAUUCUUGAGAUAGAGAUACGGCGGCACAGAACCCGUCGGAGUUUUGGGGCGGUCGUGGUGGAGCUCGAGACGCAGGCCACGCUGUUUCAGCAGUUAUGCUUCAGGAUCGCGAAAGAAGCUCUAGUCUUCUUCCUCGUGACCAGGAACGUCCGCCUUCUGAAUGGACCGAAAGAGUUCGUGCCCCAAUGGCUUCAGAUCCUGACGGACAUCCUCGAGGUGGAGCGCGCGACGAUCUUUCUGUGGGAUGCCACGCGAGGCGAGCUGUACUCCAGAUGCGCCUCAGGAGGCCUUUCAAACGCCAUUCGGCUCAAGAGCGGCUCAGGAAUUGCCAGCUUGGUCUACGCGACGGGAAAGCCUCUCAUUGUAGAGAAACCGUAUUCUCACCCUAGAUUCAACCCUGUAAUCGACAAAAGAACAGCCUUUCGGACGAGAAAUAUAUGCUGCGUCCCCCUGCACCUUGGAGACAAAGUUGUAGGCUGCAUCCAGCUCUUGAACAAGCUCCACGGGCUGGACUUCCUUGCAGAAGACAUGCACUCGCUCCAAACGCUGAGCGACUACGUCGCCCACGCCUUCGUCUAUUCGCCCUUCAUCGACGACGGCCUACUCAGCGAGAAAGCAGACGCCUGGACUGCACACGCUCUGCAGUCCAUGGCUCCCAACGAGCCGCUACGGUCUCCCGGGACGAACCCCGUUUUGCACUGUCUCGUCAGCGCGAUCGCGAGAGCCCUCGAGGCUGAGCACUGCUCGCUGUGGAUGGCGGCGCCAGGCAGUCCAACGCUGACGCUGGAAGCGACGACGCUGCUAGAGGAACUCACAAACAACCCACGGCCUCGGAGCGGGAUCGCCACGAGAGUCAUGGACUUUGGCGCCAGAGUGAACAUCGUGGACGCUGCGCGAGACAUUCGCUUUGAUGCAGACCUCGAGAGCCCUGUGCCGCAGCGCGUCAAGACCAUGGCGUGCCUUCCGCUCGCGCGCGCGUCCCAGGACGUUGACGAGCAGCCAAAGGGGUGCAUUCAGCUCUUCAACAAAGAGUGCGGCGUCUUUACGGCCGCAGAUCUCCAGAAACUGCAGGCUUUCGAGCAAGUCCUCAGCGGCCUCUACGAGGGCGGGUGCCGCGUCCUGUCGCUCUCCUGCUCCGUCAGCCACAUGAAACACAUUUUCUCAUCGCUGCCCCUCGCCGCAUUCCUCGUCGACCGGCGCGGCAUCGUUAUUCAAGUCAACCAGGAGGCUGGUUGGCUCCUGAAGAAGCUCUCUUCACACAAGAAGUGCGCAGCCAGCGCUCUGGGAGUUGUUCGGAGUGCGUCUUUGCGGCUCUAG